UGUACACUAUAGAUCCAUACAAGCUGUGUGGAUAUUGCCCCGUGCAAAUAAUCCUUGUAUAAUAGUUUGGGCACGUACGAUCCCGCAGUGAUUAUUGAAAUAGCCAACACAACAUGAGUACGCCGCCCAUAUCACUUACGAUUUCCCCAGAGGAGUACAAUGAAACAAUCCGAGAUAUCCAAACCAUGAAGGUAUCCCAAUUAAAAGAUCUUGCAAGAGCGUUGGGGUUAACCGUCUCCGGGAAGAAAAUAGAUCUUUUCGAACGGAUCAACACAUAUAUGGAUCAGGGCCAACGAUUUGGAGACUCCAUUAGAAUUGCAUCGAUCCGUGUCUUGGUGUCCAAGAUCUUUCAAAACAGUCCACUUACAGACUACCGGGCGCUAUAUGAAGCGUUGAGGAGCGGUGCAUACCGAUACUCUCAGAACGAUACCACCAAUAGUGUGCAGUCGUUGCCUUUAUCUCAAGUACGACCAAAACCUAAACUGGCUGUGAGAACUUCAACUGAAACAGAACCAUACCGUGGACAUCAACUUUAUUUCAAGGAAAGUCCAUUCUAUAGACUUAAACGGUUGAUCCAUGGUAGUCCAAACUAUGCGCCAAUAAAUGAGCUGAGAGGGACGUGUCAACAUCAGUUUGUACUUACACAAGAAGAAUCUAGUAUGCUCGUCAAGGAUAACAUUGAAUGUGUUUUACUUUGUGGUAUACCAAACCUUUCAUCCCCUUCUACUGCAUCUGCAUUUGUCCAAUACCCCAGUCCAAUAGAGCUUAAUAUUAACGGGGAAACGUUAAGUACAGGGGGUUUCAAAGGAAUCAAGGGGAAACUAGGAAGUGCUCGACCUGCAAUUAUUACAAAAUAUCUCAAGUUGGGGUUAUUAAAUACUAUAGAAAUGGUUUAUUUGGGCACAAAAGAUCCAUAUUUAUUAUAUUGCUACCUUGUUGAGAUGAUUCCAACUGUAGACAUCCUUCGAGAGGUAUCUUUAAGACCUCAUAUUCAUACCAGUGCAACCCAAAUGCAAAUUAGAAAGGAAACAGAAGCAAAUGAUGAUGAUGACGAUGAUUUGAUAGUUGCUACCACCUCUAUAUCGUUAAAAUGUCCAUUAUCAUACACUAGAAUGAAAUAUCCAAGUCGGUCCAUAUAUUGUACACAUAUCCAAUGUUUCGAUGCUUUGAAUUUCUUGCAACUUCAAGAACAACUUCCAACUUGGCAAUGUCCUAUAUGUAAUAGAGAAGUUCAAGUGUCCCAACUUGCGAUAUCGGACUACUAUAUGGAGAUUUUGACCACGACGAGUGCCGACGUGGAAAGUGUUUCACUUGAGAAAGAUGGUACGUGGAAAGCUAUGGAAGAGACUCCAAAGGAUCAAAAUCCAAAAUCUCAACAUGAUGAACUGUCACUGGAUGAAGAGACAAUUCCUGCAAAACGUCCAAGGCUGCCUGAAAUUGAAAUAAUAUCCUUGGAUAGUGAAUCUGAAGAUGAAGCUCCUGCACCACGAGUCGUACCCGCUGUGCCAACAGAGUCUCCGAGUGUACCUAAUCAACCUCAGCCUCAACCUCAGCCUCAACCUCAGCCUCAAACUCAGCCUCAAACUCAACCACAAUCUCGAGUCGAAACUCCCACGAUUCCCCCAAUUACUCGACCUCAAUCUCAACAUCUCCCUGGGACAGGAACGGAACAAAACUCGGAGCCUUCGCAAUCUCAAAUUCCUCCUCGUGUAAGCACGUCGCCAGUUCUACUACUGACCGAACGGCCAUCACCAAUUCAAUUGCCUGAUUCCCAACCCUCUGUUGUUCCUACUGCCUCAGCGUCUUCAAAUGUACGCAUGUCUUUCCCUGAACUCAACUCUCAAUCAUAUAUACCUCAACAACCUCAACAACCUCAACAACCUCAACAACCUCAACAACCUCAACAACCUCAACAACCUCAACAACCUCAACAACCUCACCAACCUCAACAACCUCAACAACCUCACCAACCUCAAACAAAUGGUGAAGAGGAACAAAACGAGAGACAAUUAGUGAGACGUUCUUUGGCUUCUCCGGUCACGGAAACACGUGAGAUUAGACAGAUUGAAAACAAUCAGAAUACAGAACCACAUCAUCCCCUGAACCCUCUGCUUCGUCAAGCACUGGUACUGAAAAUUUCGGAUCAUGGUGCAUCGAAUACAGUAGCUGCUACCACACCCGCUACCUCGGUUGUCCCAGCAUCCGAAUCUCGAGCUCACUCAACUGAGAAUCAAUUCAUUCAACACCACUUCCAUGUAAGUACUCCUCAAAACUACUUCGAGCAACAACAUCAACGCAAUCUCCAAGUGCUCAAUCCUAAUAUGUACGUUCGAAAUACACAACAACCAUUUCAACAUUCUCAUGGACAAUAUCCGGCACAAGGACCAUGGGAGUUAUUACAAUAUCAACCUCCACUUCAAUCGUCAAAUGUGCAAUCUCACUUGUCGAAUAUCCAUCUUCAACAACUUCAAGAAUAUCAAAAUCUUCAUAGGCGCAUAAUAGAAAUGCAGAAAGUACGGAAUCCUCUGCCUUUGGUUUUGCAACAGCUUCUGCGCGAUUCACAGCUAUUUGCAACUUAUACGCGCUACAUGCAACAGUUAGAUCACCAGAUGCAAUCUCUUCGACAGCUUGGAUCGCCGCAGCAAACUCAGCAACCGCAUGGUUACAAUGUAACACAUCCAUCCAGACUACAGGAUUUAACUCUUGAACAAGCAGGACAUCCCUCUGUACGCCCUCAUGCACAACCAACACCAAAAUCGUCGGAGCGAAGAAGAGUUCAACGCAAUAUGUCAGAGUUGCCAGUUCGUCAAUUUGUACCUACUGGUACUCGAAAUUCAACUCCAGAAGAGAGUGGGUCACUAAAUCAUGCUCUGAAGAGUAUCGAACCGCACCCUAGACCUCACAGUUCCGAAACUGGCAUGAAUUCCCCUAUUUCAAACCAAAUUCCAGUAGCUGAAAGGGGUACUGUAUAUCCAACUAAUUCUAUUCUCAAUAAUCCUCCCACGGAUAAUUUGCUAGAUAAGACUUCGCAAAGUCUGGGCCCAGAAACAAAUGUUUCGAAGACAGCAGACUCCAUCCCGUAUCAAGAUAAAGAACUAAUCGUAUGCGAUCUGGAAAGUGAUGAUGAUAUGCCAUUGGCUCGCUUGCCACAACAUCCCAUUCAGCAUCAGCGUACUCGACCCCCUGCAAUUAACUCGGAUAGUGAUGAUUCGCAUGAUUCAACUGCUAACGAUAUGCAAUCAGCUAAUCCAGUAUCUGAUUCUCCUGAUGAUAAUAGUGAGAGAAACUCUCAUUCUACCGCAUGCAAAUCUAAUGGAAUUGCUACGACUGCCAAUGAACUCUCAAAGAGCACAGGAAUUAGAAGUAAACAUCCUUUAAAUAAAGACAGUGGUUCACUCCCACCUUUACCGCCACCACCGGGGCCUCCGCCACCAGGCCUGAGGUUAACAGCUCAGCAAAUUGCUCUAGCAGGAAAGCGCAUGAAUCUUUCUCAAGCACACCUUCAUAUUGCAGAAUCAAAUAAAGAGGAUGCCGUGCCUGGUAGUAAAAAUACCUCGUUAGCUUCCAAUGCACCUUCACUGAGAAUCGAUGAAAAUCACAGUUCAUCUGUUGUGAGAAGCCAUGUUGCUAAAAGCAGAAAUAAUUCAUUGGAUAGUGACUCGAAUGGAUCGAGAAGAGGUCUGUUUACAACAUCUCGUCCAUCAAAUUUGUCUAGUAGAAAUAAUUCUUGGGAUAACAACAGACAAACAAUACGAAAGUCUGUGACGUUCCGAGAUGAGGUACAAAUACGCGAAUGCUCGCCGAAUCCAACGGGUUCUGAAAUUGUUGAAGAGAAUAUUGAAAUGGAAGCAGUUCCUAGUACAGCCACUUCACCCGAGGCUGCCACAUCUUCUGGGGUAGCCGCCUCUUCUGUGGUGACCCCUAGUACAGCCACUUCGUCUGGGGUAGAGACUACUUCGAUUGCCACUCCUAAGAAUACCGUCUCGACACCAGUAUCUGAAAUUUCCACACCAUCACUCCAAGUUCAGAGUCAAGACUCGUCACAUCCGUCACAAGCUGACCAACGAUUAAAAAUCCAUAUUCAACGUCAAGAAGAGCAACAACAGCAACAGAGAAAACAAUCGCAAAUGUAUGCUAGACUUCAAGAGAAAAUGAGAUUCAGAAUGAGAAACCAAAUUCAUAAAUCUGAAGAAAAUGUGAGGUCAAGUUCAUCGGGUCAACUUCAAACGUCUAAAGAUCAGUCAGCUGUUGCUACUAACAAUCGUGAAAAUGGACAGCCUAAUAUGACAACCAUUCCUGGGCAAAAAGUUGGUACUGAUCUGAGAAAUACUUCAACACUCAAUAACUCUAGUUCCCAACCAACGCACGAUCAUAAUAAUGGCCACCCUAUAGAGACUUCCAAUGUUGCACCGACCGCACAACAUAUUGAAGAGGCCCAAAAUCGAACAUUUGACAAUGGCAAAUCAAGUUCAAUAUCUGCUGCUUCAACAAAUCACCCUAAAUAUUCGGAGUCUGUGUUUGGUCGAGCACGUAGAGAUAUAAGUCCAUUAACGACGCAAUCCAAUGAUGAAAAUGGUGGUAGUGAUGAUUCUAGUGGUAUACCUGAAUCUGAAAAAUACGGAGUAUUAGGAUUUGCUGUUCGUCCAAAGGCUCUUGGACGAUCCCUUUUGAGAGCCAAUUCCACGGUGGAAGUUAGCCCUAAUUUGUCACCUUUAAAUGGACAAAUUGAUAACAUGUCAAUAUCAUCCAGCAAGAAACGGUCAACCCUGCCUCAUAGACUGUGGAAUAAGAGGUUAAACUCUGAUCCCGUCAUUCAUAGCAUUGAAAAAAUUCAAAGAAUAGAAUCAGAACGUAAUCAGUCAAAAUAAUUAGUUACAUAUAAAUUUAAUAUUGAUUUAUUCUAUUUUUAUAGAGAUUAUAAUACAGUAUUUUAUGAAGAGUAGGUUCAUUUUGACUUUAACAACUCCUUGUUGUGCUUAUUUUUUUUCGCUUUUCCUUUUGUUCAUAUUUUUGUUGGUUGUUAUAUCUUUAAUAUACGGGCACACACCAUCC